GAUUACCGGAUAUGAAUGUCGCCUAUGGAGACGGAGAUACAACUCGCUGCAAAGUUUUCGUAGGUCCUCUGAAAUGGAAGAGCCAGAUUUAGGAAAGUUUGGCUUAGCCCGCUUGCAAGCAGAACUUGAUAAGGAGAUGGAAAUGAAAGAGAUGUUGGAGGAAUCUGUCUCAGAUCUCAGAAACACUAUGGCUGAUUUGGAGGACAGACUCCACAGUGUAGAAGGCGAAGGAAACGAAUGGAAAACCAGAUAUGAGACCCAGCUGGACCUCAACGGGCAGCUAGAGCGGCAAAUUGCAUUUGUGCACGGGAGACUGGAGGACCUCCGUGGCAACCCAAUGGAUAGACUUGCUUCAAUACGGUCUUAUGAUGCCACGUCAGAGGAUGCUUUGAAACACCACCUCAAACUCCUUACCACUGAGAAGUCCAACCUUCACAGUCAACUUCUGGAUCUCCAUGCAAGGAUCCAGCAAGAAGGAAAGGCUUAUCAAAAAACAAAUGAAGACAGACGUGCAUAUAUAGCAGAGAUUGCAAAGGUGUCAUCAACUCUUGAUGUGAGCCGAAAGACACAGCUACAUCAACCACGAGGAAAUGGCAGGAUUCCAGUGAGAAGUGGCCAGGAAAAUAUGCUCAACAGGAAGUGUAACCCGAAAGGGAAGACAGGGGGUGCCACGGGAGCAUCAAACGGGAGCAGGUUACCCAAACUGAAGCGCUGACUCAUCAGAGACAUUGGAAAUCUCAAAUGCAUUGCUGUUACGGAUCAAUAAUGUUUGCCCCAUAUAUUCUGGCGAGCCUUAUCGACCUGCUACAAGCUAAAGGUUCAGUAUUAAUGUGAAAUAGAAUUGUCGUCAUUGAAAGUGCUCACGAAAAUAAUGUGUAAAAUAAGCUAAUGCUUUA